AUGUCGCGUGAGCAUGAAGAAUGGAAGAAGCAACAGCAAAAACUUGGCAAAAAGCCAUGGCAAGCCCUCAAUGAGGAAAUGACGGCCAUGAUUCGGGCCAAGGGUGGCCCUGAGGCUGUCAAUGUUAGCGUGUAUGGGGCCAAGCUCAACACACUGUUCAAAGGCGAUACCUUUACCGCUACCUUUCGUGCAAGCGAUGCCCUUGUUGCCAAACUGCGUGAAUGCAGUGGCGUGGAUGGUGUGGCAUUCCGUAGGACCUCCUUUGGAAACACGGAGCAGUACGACAAGGAAGAGGUUGAAGAAUCCAAAGUGCCGUUCCCUCACUCUGUCCCUUUGGAUACAGCGCUGGAGCAGCUCAAGCAGCUUCCGGGCCACAAAGGCCUGUACUUCAAAAGGGAUGGCCACUCACUGAUUGCAAGAGUUCCCAAGUCGUCGGAGGAUGCUGCCUGGAAGUUGAUUGCCUCGCGUACAGUUCCCGGCAAGUCCAUGUACGAGAUUGACCAGCUGCCGAGAUCCCUUGCUGCAGAGGACUUGGUAAGCCUUUUGCAGAAAGAGGUGCACUGGGAUACGGAGGUCGUCCGUGUCAAAACGUGUGGCACCAAGCAGUCCCCGUGGAAGAAGGCGCUCGUGAGGGCAACCACGGAGCCUGCCCACACCUUCUUGCAAAUCCAAGGUCGCAUUUCCACCAUCCGCCCGUACGCCAAAGAUGGCCCCAAGCCCACGAGUGCGGCCAGUGAAGUUCAGAAGCCAAAGGACUUUGCCCAGCUGGCUCAGGAGCGCACUGGGCUAGGGCAGCAGAGCUUUUACAGCAUCAUCAAGAAGGCGCCGACCGUCGCGCAUGCACCGGCUGCCUCGCAGCCCACGCCCACCCCGGCCUCCACGGCCAUGGACACCUCGUCCCCGCCGGAGCCUCUUGGGGUAGAAUCCCUCCAGAAGGCCAUUGUCAGUUCUGUGAUGCAGGCGCUAACUGCACAGGUUACAACCAUGGUAGGCCAGAUCCAAGACAGCUUGAUGAAGAAGUAUGAGCAGGAUCAGGCUAGCAUUCACGCCACCAUGCAGCAGCAGAUUGAGCAGCUUACGCUGGACACCCUCCAGCGCAAGGCGGCGCGCACGCAAGGGUGA